AUGGUUAUUCUUGGAACAGAAAUACCCCAGGAAAACAUCGUGAUGGUGGAGAGUUGUAUCAAGCAAAAAGGAGUGAAAGGGACAAAUUUUAGCAGUCCAGCAGGUUUUAUCUUGCUGGGUUUUUCUGACCAGCCCCAGCUGGGGACGAUCUUCCUUCUGGUUGUCUCUAUCGUAUAUGUUCUGACACUGGUGGGGAACACAGCAAUCAUACUGGUCUCUUACUUGAACCCCAAGCUCCAUAAGUCCAUGUACUUCUUUCUGUCUAAUCUCUCUUUUCUGGACCUCUGCCUCACCACCAGCAUCGUUCCACGGAUGCUGUGGAAUCUCAAGGGCCCUGAGAAGACCAUCAGCUACACUGGGUGUGUGAUCCAGCUCUACGUUGCAUUGGGGCUGGGCUCCACAGAGUGCCUCCUCCUGACUGUGAUGGCCUAUGACCACUUCAGUGCCAUCUGCCGACCACUCCACUAUGGUGUUAUCAUGCAUCCGAACCUUCUCUGGCACCUUGCAGCUGUGGCCUGGAUCAGUGGUUUUGUGGAGUCCAUGGUUCAGACCCUCCUCGUUUUCCAGUUGCCUCUCUGCAGCCACCACAGAGUGGAUGAUUUUAUGUGCAAGGAGCCUGCUCUGAUUAAAAUCACCUGUGUGAACACAACCUUCCUGGAAAAUGAGCUCUCCAGAGCAAUUGUCCUCUACGUGGUUAUACCUCUAGGGCUUAUUCUGGUCUCCUAUGGCUGCAUUGCUAGGAGUGUGCUGAGGACAAAGUCCACGGAAGGCAGGAGGAAAGCAUUUGGGACCUGUGGGUCCCACCCCCUUGUUGUUGUUUUGUUCUUUGGGACUAUAAUUUUUGGAGUUAUCACUCUAGUAAUUAACUAA